UGUCUGUAGGUGAGUGUUUGGUUCACAGACGCCCACCAGCCUGAACACACAACAUUGAGAAAGAACAAGAACUAUCAGUGAGACUGACAGAAACUUGAAGUAACAGUUUCUGAAGGUGAGCGAUGGAGCUGAAGGUGUGGGUGGAUGGUGUGGUCAGAGUGGUCUGCGGCCUGUCGCUGACCACUUCCUGCCAGGAUGUCGUCAUAGCUCUCGCACAAGCAAUUGGUCAGACGGGUCGUUACAUUCUCAUCUUGAAGCUACGAGGGACAGAGAGACAGCUAGUUGCUGACGACUGUCCUCUCCAGCAUCUGGCUCAGCUGGGACAGCUGGGUGCGGAGGUCCAGUUCGUUCUGCGGAGGACCGGUCCCAGCCUCAGUGACGGUCCAGACACACCCUCCAGAGAGAGACAUCUUCCCCUGCCCAGACCCUCAGAACCAGAGCCCCUCAAACGCAAGGAGCCACAGAAGGCUCUCACCUUCAGUCUGGGUCCUUCAACAUUUCCCAGGAGGACUAAACCAAACAGGGCCUGGUCCCCGUCGCCCCGAGCCUCCCCAGAACCGAGAGCUUCCCCAGUCUCUUUCCUAGACCCCCUCUAUUCCUCAGCCAAAGAGGAGGCGUUCAGGCAGAUUCUGCAGCAACAGAGGAGGCUACAGGACCUGGAGAUCCAGCUUCAAGCUCUGGAGAGAGAGACAGAGGUGAGGGAGCGGGAGAUUUUAUCGGCUCCAGCUCCCAGUCUGGUCCCCGCAGGAGAACUGGAGGAGCUGGAGCGGCGGCUAAGGCAGAACGAGGCAGAGCUGAUGCACCGGGAGAACUGGGAGGAACAGUUGCAGGAGGAGAUGGACAGAGAACAAGAAAUGCACAGACGUCUACACCAGAUACACUCAUCAGUGGAGGAUCACAGCUAUCAGAUCAAAGAUCUCCGAGCCCGGUCUGCACAUCUAGAACAGGACCUAAAACUCAUAGCCCGCAGGAACAGCACUCGGGAGGGCCCUCGGCAGCCGGACGAGGCCCUGGAGCCCCUGAAGCAGGAGCUCCACCACCGCCGGCAGCAGGGAGAAGAACUGGAUGCAGCGCUGACAGAGACACAGAGGGAGCUGCGAGCUGCAGAGGAAAAGCUACAGGACAGAUAUCAGAUGAUUGAGGAGCUGAAUAAGGAGCUGAGACAGUGUAAUCUGCAGCAGUUUAUCCAGCAGACCGGCAGUCCUCACGCAGACCAGACCAACUCCCUGCCCUUCACCGACGUUUACCUCAGCAACGCUGGUAUAAUGGAGUAAGACCCCAAACACCGACGUCAUAGACUGGAAGUAAAACCUGUUCUCUGAAACCUUUAAGGACUGUCCAGACCCAGACCCUACUGUGUGUGUGUGUGUGUGUGUGUGUGUGUGUGUGUGUGUGUGUGUGUGUGUGUGUGUGUGUGUGUGUGUGAUAAGCCAAUCACUGCCAGGUUCUCUGUAAAAGUACAUUUGAGUAUUUUUGAAAUAAAAUAAAACAAAUAUUGAUGCUACUGAUAAAAAAUAAUAUUUUUAUAUGUUCAUGUUGUUAAUAUUUCCCAUUUAAACUUGUCACAUAAAGUCUUUAUUGUAAUUACAAAUAAACCUUUUACAGACCAUAAUAA